AUGACAUCUUCAACAUCUCCAGCUAAAUUCCAAGGUAUCGCCGUUUUAGAUCAUAAAGAUUGGAAAAACCCAAAGAAGGUCGAAUUUGAACCAAAGCCAUUCUAUCCAAACGACAUUGACAUUAAGAUUGAAUGCUGUGGUGUCUGUGGUUCGGAUAUUCAUGCUGCAGCAGGUCACUGGGGUGAUUUGGAGAAGCCAUUGGUUGUUGGUCAUGAAGUCAUCGGUACUGUUGUUAGAUUAGGUGAAAAUUGUAACUCUGGUUUGAAAUUAGGUGACCGUGUUGGUGUUGGUGCUCAAGUGUUUUCUUGUUUAGAUUGUGAACGUUGUAAGUCCAACAACGAACCAUACUGUCCAAGUUUCGUUACUACGUAUGGUCAAAGUUACAAGGAUGGUUACAGUUCUAAAGGUGGUUAUGCUGAUUACAUUAGAGUUCAUGAACAUUUCGCCGUUCCAAUCCCAGAAAAUAUCCCAUCUCACCUAGCAGCACCAUUAAUGUGUGGUGGUAUUACUGUAUUCUCUCCAUUGUUAAGAAAUGGAUGUGGUCCAGGAAAGAAAGUGGGUAUCGUCGGUAUUGGUGGUAUCGGUCACAUGGGUUUAAUUUUCGCUAAGGCCAUGGGUGCUGAAGUUUAUGCAAUUUCCCGUACAUCUGCAAAGAAAGAAGAUGCUAUGAAAUUAGGAGCUGAUCAUUUCAUUGCUACCAAAGAAGAACCAGAUUGGGGUACUAAAUAUUUUGACACUUUCGAUUUGAUUGUCGUUUGUGCUAACUCUUUAACUGACGUUGACUUCAAUGUUGUUCCUAAGGCUAUGAAAGUGGGUGGUAACAUUGUAUCCAUUUGUGUUCCUGAACAAAAUGAAGUUUUAAAUCUGAAACCAUUCGGUCUAUUGGGUGUCUCAAUUUCCAACAGUGCCUUAGGUGGUGUCAAGGAAAUUAAAGAACUAUUAGACUUAGUUUCUAAGAACAAUUUGAAGAUAUGGGUUGAAACCCUCCCAAUUGGUGAAGAAGGUGUUAAGCAAGCCUUUGAAAGAAUGGAUAAGGGUGAUGUCAAAUAUAGAUUUACCUUAACUGAUUACGACAAGGAAUUCUCCAAAUAA